ACGAGAGGGAAAAGCGACAAACACGCCAACCCCCCAGUUCACCUUAACUUCCGGUUUCUUGCUGCGGCGGGAAUUUUACAUCCAUCAACUUUGUUUGCAUACUUUUUCCAUCUUACACGUGCGUGUAUUCAAAGAUGAGAGAUCGGUCACAGUUGAAGAGAAAAGCUCCAUCAGGAAAGACAGAAUUGCCGCCAGUAUCAGACUUCGAGCCUGUACAUUUCGUGAGAUGUCACUCUGCAGACAAUGACCCCAAUAACAAUGUGGCGAAGGUGUGGCGAUGUGCGUUUGAACCAGUAAAAGGGAAACCAAAUGAAAGCGGUCACAUUCUGGCAACCUGUGGCAGCAACAUCGUGUGUUUCAUUGACUGUGUGACAGGGAGAGUCCUCCGCAGAUACAAGGACACAGACCAGACUGAGACAUUCUACACGCUAGCAUGGACGACAGUACCUUCCCAGAUAGAUGCACGUGAGACAGUCAACAUCCUGGCAGUUGCAGGGGAGGGUGCUGCCAUCAAGCUGUUGCAUCCUCACCAACUGGUCAUGUAUGGCACACUUAGGGGCCACAAGAAGUACAUCAGUUGUCUCCUCUUCCAUCCCAGAAUCCAUCACUACCUCUUCAGUGGCAGUAACGAUGGCUUUAUCAUGAUGUGGGAUAUCGGCACCCCAGACCUCGAACAGAACAGGACAGAUUUCAAACCACUACUAAAGAUCAGCGUCCCGGGGUCUGAGGCCCUCAACCUGGAGUACAGUCUGUCUUCACAUACGCUGCUGGCGGCGUGCGAAGAUGGCUGCUUCGGGUGGAGCAUGGAGUCAGAGUUAAAGGACAUCCACAAGCGCAGAACAGCCAAAGUCAUCAUGUCAUCUACCUAUAAGUUUGACCUUCAAAGCCAGUCGGACACAGUCGAUGGCCUUGCCCUUCUCCCGGGGGAUGUAGUAGCUACCAAGUGUGUUGGUUCCGGGUCGGUUCUCUUGUGGAGUCUACAGGACCAUGUCAGGUCAAAGGCCAAGAGGUCAGGGUGCAUCAAGGUUGAACCCCUGGCAGAGCUUGAGUACACUCACACUGAUAUUGAAUAUCUCAACAUGGGAUAUGGUGGAGGUCUACUGGGAGUGGGGGAUGAUCUUGGAAAUGUCUACGUCUACAAUGUAGCCACUCUUGCCCGGAAGACAGUGUCACCUUAUGAUGAUAUCCUGUGCCCUUCAACGGUAGUUGAGUGGCCAGAAGUAGUGGCAGACUCAAGGACAGGAAUUGACGAAGAGAUGCUGCACACGAAGAAGCAAAUUGUUGUGAAUGGGGUGUCCAUCAGCUCCAGUUCCGACUACAUUGCAUAUGGAACAGACAACAACCUGGUGUGUAUACUGAAGAACACGCAACGCUGAAUACCAAGGGGAAGUAACCCUACACUGAGUCCUGUCACGACACACCCUCAUUGAAAUGUGAACUUGUGAACAUUAAGGGGAAGUAACCCUACACUGAGUCCUGUCACGACACACCCUCAUUGAAAUGUGAACUUGUGAACAUUAAGGGGAAGUAACUCUUCACUGAUGUCAUACAGCAGUGGAAACAUUUUGCGUGUCAUUAAGUCAAUCAAAUGUCAUUACUUUCAUUUGUUACCCGGAUUUUGUUGUACAACUGAUUUUUUACACCAAAUCAAUAAUGACAAAAGAGAUUAAUGAGAGCAAGUUAUUUGUGCAUGAUUCUAGCUUACUUGUUAUGUCUGGGGAAUAUUUAGGUAAUAUUUCCUUAGUUCUAGAGGAGUGUUUGUUUCAGUCAAAAUGUUUUUACAAGUUUGUAAUACUUGCUUUAUUCUUACAAAUUUUUGAACCAAUUUUCAAGGAAUGUUAUAUUUUUUACUAUUUUUAGAAUUGUUUACUUUGGAUUUUUUUAAUGAAAUUUGAGCCGACAUUAAAGACAAUGUGUUCAGCCGCAGAUAUUUUCAUUAUUAAGUACAAAGAAUCCAAAGUCAAAAUCUGUAUGGAUGUAUUCAGUGAUUAUAGCUUGAGUGGCUCGUGUUUUACAGAUAGAAAUUAUCAUUCAUGUCAUGUGUGUGGCGUGUCAGUCUGUGUAAAUAUGAAUUGUCAAUUGUAAACUGUUUAGGAGAUAUGGUAGCCCCAUUCACCGAACCCUGAUGCUGUUGUAUACAGACAAGUGAUGAUAAAAUGUACCUGUUACCUGUUUCAGUGAGUGAUGAAAGAGUUUACAUGUUCUU